AUGGCUCCCAAGAGUGCCAAACCGACCAGCGAUGAGCUUUUGGCUCAGUUCGACGAUCUUGGCCUUGAAAAAGGAAAUGACAAAUCCACAACCAUACCAGCACCGGCUGCACCAGCAAAGGACGAUGCGACAGCGGAACAGGAGGACAUUCUGGCAGAGCUAGAGAAGCAAGCUGCUCAACGUCCAAUGAGCGGGCCUGGUACUCCACGUCUGUCCCUAGACAAGGCACGCUCUGCGACUCGGUCCCCUCGCCCCGGUACGACAGCCGACCAGAGCACGGAGGACAAGUCUCGAUUGUCCGCAGAUGUUCCUCGCUCGAGCACACGACAAGAACAGCCAAAGUCAGAAGCUUCGUCUGAGUCUGUAGCUCCACAGCAGCCAGAGCAGAGCCAGAGCCAGAGUGGUGGUGGAGGUGGAUGGUGGGGUGGGCUCUUUGCCGUAGCUGGUGCCGCCGUCAAGCAGGCUGAAGCAGCUGUCAAGGAGAUCCAGAAGAAUGAAGAAGCUCAAAGAUGGGCGCAGCAGGUCAAAGGCAAUGUGGGGGCUCUACGCGACUUUGGUGGCGAGCUUCGCAACAUGGCGAUUCCAACAUUCACCAACCUGAUCCAUACUCUCGCUCCCCCCAUCUCUUCGCAUGAGCGAUUGCAGAUCCACAUCACUCAUGACCUUUCCGGCUAUCCGGGCAUUGAUCCACUGGUCUACGCCGUCUUUUCACGGGUCAUGUCUCAGGUAGAAGGCGGCGAUCUUCUCGUGAUCCAGCGUGGGCAAGAAUCUGCGCCGAAGCGCGGCCUAGACAUGGGCGGAUACAUCUCGAAUGCGGGUUGGGGUGACGGGCCCUGGUGGCGCACUGUCACGCCCGGCACUCCUCGCACUAUCAACGCUGUGCGCGGCGCCGUCGAGGGCUCUAAGCUGGCCCGUGCAAGUGCCGAGAGCUACGCCGCCGAACACUUCUCGGCGCGGGGUGGUAUCGAGCAAGCUGCCAAACAAGCCAGUGAAGAUCUAAGUGAAUCGAACCCGGUUCGCAGCAGCGAUAUCUUCCUUGCAAUUCAGGCGAUCACUCAGGCGGCCUCGCCGGAUCUCUUCAAAGGCAGUACUUCGGGCGAAAAGGAGUCCACUUCAGGCGUGGUUGAUCCCGCAGAGGUCGAUGAGGAAGUCACCUUUGCGCUCUACCUGCAUGAUCCCGUGCAUGGUAUUGAUUUCCACACCAUCUCGCAACCGGUCCCGGCCAAGUGGAUCGAAUGGCUAGAUGCAUCUGGAUCCGCAACUCAAGACCCGAACUCUGACGGUGCCGAUUCGGCCCACGCAACUGUCCCCGAGGCUAUUGCCGAGAUUGUGGAGAGCGGCGGAGUCGAUCCUCGUGAAUGGGUCGCAGACUGGGUGGAGGAAACUCUGUCGUUGGCGGCGGGAGUCAUUGCCCAGCGGUAUGUUGCUCGCCGCAUGGGGGUUGGCGAGGGCGGUCUGGGGAAGGGCAAGAUGCGUGCUGGGCAGGCUUCGACGGUGGACGCGGGCGCCGGUGAGGCAGCGCGUGCCCUGUAG